GAUGGAGGUACAGAAAUGACGUAAAAAUUAGAAAAUACAGGAUUUUAACCGAAAAAUUUAGCAAUAAUAUAUAGGUUAUAAUUAUUGCUAAAGAUACCUAACCAUAUUUAUUUUACUUGAAAUUUUGAAUGUGUAUCCUUCUAUGUAGAUAUAUUUUUGAAAUUAAAGGAAGAUUUACUCAAUCGUCCAAAUAUGAAACUAAGCGAUGAUAUUAAUUCUUAUAAAGCUUUGAAGACUCCUAGUAUUGUGACUUGCGAUUUCUGUGAUAAGAAGUUUAAUAAUAGAUACGAUAGUAUAGUACAUAAUGCAUCACACAUUAUAAUACCCCUGUGGUCGCAAACUCUAUACAGAUGUAACCUUUGUAAUACCUACACAACAGUUGAUGAUAUAGAAACUCAUAACGCUAGAAAACACACAAUUACAGUUAAUAAUAAACCAAAAUAUGAUAUUAAUGGAUUAAAAACUCAAACAGUAUUAACAGAAUAUAAUAAUACUGAUGUAAAAUGUGAAAUGAUAUAUGAAAUAAAUGCUGAAGAAGAUGAUAAAAAAACACUUGAAACAGUUGAACCAAUAAGAAAUAGACUCAAAUUUGAAGAAGAUAUAACUGCGAAUGGUUUGAUAAGAGACUUGGUAACGCAAUGUAAUGUAAACAUACAAUUAAUGGACCCACCGUGGGUGUAUCCCCCUUCGAAAUAUAGUAAUUGCGAUAUGUUCAAUGGGGAUCUUAUUAAAUGUAACGUCAAUGAUGUUUCUAAAAAUGUGCAGGCUCACGAGGAACCGGAGUAUAUUAGCAUUGAUUAUUCAAGUCUAAUGAAACCGGGCAUUUUCAGUUGCAAAUAUUGUUCUAACUCAUAUCCGAAUAGAUUCUCACUAAUUAAGCAUGAAAUGGAUCACAUUCGAAUAUUACAAGGGAAACCCCUUUUGUGUUUAUACUGUGAUAAAUUCAUAGCUGGCAAUUAUAAAACACUGAAUUCUCACAUAGCGAAAUAUCAUCCGAAUGUUAAAGCGAAGAAAUUCAAAACGUUCAAUUGUAAACGUUGCGGCUUGAGGUUCAGAAAAUACAAACGACACGUGAGGAACUAUCAUAUUUAUGAUUGCCUGGAAUGUGGUUUGGAGUUCAACAGUAAUGAACAGCUUGCAAAUCAUAAGGAUAUAUCCAAUUGUCCAAAAUAUAAAUCGAAGAUGUUAAAAGUCUGUGAUCUGUGCUUCUCAUUUAUGAAGCGACGGAUCAAUUUGAUUUAUUCCUUAAUGGGUGAUACGGCUGAUGAAGUAGGUGUCAGGUAUCCGUGUGACAAUUGUGGGAAGAAAUAUUUCGUGUUGAAAUUGGUUAAACGGAUACAGAAGGAGAGGAGGUGCUGCUACCGGGAUCAGAGGAAUGUGACGAAUGAGGAUAGAUUGAAAAAUAUACAACAUCGUUUGAAAAGAUUAAAUCUCUUGCAUAAGUUCUAA